UCGGUAACUUAGAGCAAAAUUUGUGUUGAAACUAAAAAAUAAGCUUUUCAAUAAUUAGUAGGCCUAGUGACCAAUCAAAAGUAAUGACUAAUGUCAAUAAUAACCACCAAUCAAAUGGUUGAUACCUAGUUAGUAUGUCAGCGCAACCUCAAUAGAACAGUAUGUCAGCGCACAGUACCUACAUAGUACAAUUGAACUAUGCCUACUAGUUGUGCUGCUUCCGGCUGCCGAAACAGUGUCCAGCAAGGUAGUACACUAUCCUUUCACAAGUUUCCACUACGUGAUCCCAAGAAACUUGCUAUUUGGUUGCAAGAACUUCGCCGAGGAUCUUUCAAGCCCAGCUCCUCUCACACACUCUGCUCCAACCACUUUGAGUCCUGGUGUUAUAUUCCAUGCCUGGCAGCUGGUAGCAGAAGACGGCUAAUAGAAGAAGCCUAUCCAACCAUUUUUGACUUCCCCAAACCUCUACAGAAGGAUAAAAACCAUAGACGUGUAAUAAAGAGACGACAUAAAGUAGCUAUCAUUGAGAGGAGUGAGAAAGGUGACCGUGAUAAUGAUAAAAACCAUAGGCAUGUUAUAAAGAGACGACAUGAAGAAGCUAUCCUUGAGACUGAGAAAAUUGACUGUGAUAAUGGUCUACUUGAACCAGAAGCUGCUAUGCCAUCACUCAGUGUGAAACUAGACCAUCCCUAUGCCUUUGAUACCACACAAAGUCCACAAAUGUUGAAAUGCAAGCUUGAUUUCGCAAACACAAAGAUCAGUUCAUUACAGAAGAAGUUGAAGCUGCAAUACCGCAAGGUACAACGUAAGCAAUCUCAGAUCGAUACAGGCAAAGAACUGCUCACAAGCCUAAAAAGCCCAAAUAUACUCUGAGGAUCUGAAGAAAAUAUUAAAAAAUAAAAAGUUAUUUAUCAUAAAAA